AUGGAAAUGGAUGACGACCCGGACUCAGAACUGCAAACCGAAACACCGGGCUACCCUAUCAGCAUCUCGAGCGGUUCUCCAUAUCAAGGAUCGCCAUAUCAUGGGCCCGAUUCGUUUGCCGAAAGGUGGAACCAACAUGAAUGGGCAUUUACCCCUUCAUAUCACAACUCUCCUGCUCAACCCCCUUUGGAUGAGCCGCAUCUUCAAGCAGUUUCUCCACCACCUCUUCCUGUUGAAGAGCCACCUCAACCACCUCCCGAGCCGCCAAGGCGAAGGAGGAAUGCACGAAUAUCCGUGCGAGGGGGACCUCGAUUCAGUUCCCCUCAAGGUUCAAGCUCUUACCCUCCUAUCCCCGAGGACCCACAAAUGGGUGGACCCUCGCACGCGGUGCCGGAAGACGAUCCUCCGCCGGUUUCUUAUGCACCACCGCCACCACCAGUGGGUUUCAAAAACCAGAUACCGACUUACCCAGGUUCUUCUGGGUACAACCCUUUUGAAUACCCAACUUCUGCGGGUUAUGGAACUCAUGAUCCAUAUCUUACUGCUGCACAGUACAAUGCACAUUAUCCUUCUUCUUAUCCUCCAGUUUACCCAACUAGAUAUCCGGUGCAGGGUACUCAAAUCAUGGUUGGCUCUGACGAAGCAAACAGUCAUCCUGUGGAAGGAAACAAUAGUACCAGGAUUAAUAUCACUGGUGCUGAAUUGCAAGCAAUGAUAACCACAGUAGUUGCUCAGGCUGUGGAUGAUAAGUUUAAGGAGCCGAGGAAUCUUCGGUCCAAGACUCACACAAAGUCCCUAUCUCAUUCGCAUACACUGAAGAAGGACGAGUCUCAACACUUGUCUAAUCAUAAAAGUGAACCAUAG